AGGCAACGCGCUCCGAGCCAAUGGGAGGGGACGAGUGGGGGCUUCGGAGUGCGCGCUCCGGUGUGAUUGGCUGGAGGCGUGUGGGUGGGCCCAAAGUAGGGCGCGCUUAGGGCUCAUUGGCUGGGAGCGCGAGGGCGGGGCUCCGAGGAGCGCGCGCGGCGGUGGCGGUCAUGGAGGGAACCAGCGCCUGCUUCCGGAAGGACCUGGUGAGCAAGCUGCUGCACCUGCACUUCAAGGAUGACAAGACCAAAGUCAGCGGGGACGCGCUGCUGCUCAUAGCCCAGCUGCUCAAGGUCUUCGUCGUAGAGGCGACCGUCCGCAGCAUCAGGCAGGCCCAGGCCGAGGACCUGCCCUGUGUGGACGUGGAGCAGCUGGAGAAGGUGCUGCCGCAGCUGCUUCUGGACUUCUAGGGCUCCCACCACACUGAGGCCACCUGUCCGGCUCCCGACCAGCCCAGCGCCCAUGUUGUCUGUGGCCUCUGGCUUCUCCUCUGGCCCAGCACUAGGGCGACAACACAUGCACUGUUGUCCCUCGGGGGCUCUGUCUGUCCUGCUCACGGCCUGGACGCAGCUGAGGGGCCACUGUGUGGGGACCUUCCUCGGCUGACAGCGGGCCGCGCAGUCCUGCCUGACCUCAGAGCUGGUGCCCCUCCCCGUGUGCUGCUCCCACAGACGCCUCCCUGAGCCGUAAACUUGUUCUCACAGCAACAGCAAUAAAUCUAGGCCGUUCUCCCAG